GGAAGGACGAAGAAAAUGGCAGAAGAGAAGAGUGUGGAGAUUCCUAGAGUCAAACUUGGAACUCAAGGUCUUGAGGUAUCAAAGUUGGGGUUGGGAUGCAUGAACAUCAGUGGAGCCUAUACUGAUCCUGUUUCUGAUGAUGAAGGCAUAUCUCUUAUUAAGUAUGCAUUCGAUCACGGAAUUACUUUCUUUGACACUGCUGAUAUUUAUGGGGCCAAGGCUAACGAAGUUUUGAUCGGAAAAGCUUUGAAGCAGUUACCCAGAGAAAAAGUUCAACUGGCGACGAAAUUUGGAAUAGCAGGAAUGAAUUUUCCUAAUGUACAAGUCAAAGGUACACCGGAGUACGUGCGAUCGGCUUGUGAAGCUAGCUUGAAACGUCUUGAUGUUGAAUACGUUGAUCUCUAUUAUCAGCACAGAGUCGACCAAACAGUAGCCAUAGAAGAAACGGUAGGUGAGCUAAAAAAGCUGGUGGAAGAGGGAAAAGUGAGGUACAUAGGGUUAUCUGAAGCUAGUCCUGAUACUAUAAGAAGAGCACAUGCUGUUCAUCCCAUCACAGCUUUGCAAAUAGAGUGGUCCCUUUGGACUCGUGAUAUUGAGGAGGAGAUAGUUCCUCUCUGUAGGUUAGUUCAACUUCUUCUCCAAGAUCACUGGAAUGUUGAGAUAAUUCUCAUAUCUGUUUCUUAACUAAAUUUUUAUCCUCUGUUUAACUAAGAGUUACUAGAAAA